UCUUCCACCGCCAUGACGGUCUUCGACAUCAAAAUCACCGUUCUUAAGGCGUCGAAAACAUUCUCUGCACGUUCCUGCACUAACAGUUCCCUCGCCAUUGGUCUUACCCAGCAUUUUAAGAGCCACAGCCGCAGAUUUCUUCAUGUUAAAGCAGAAAAUUCAAACUUCCCGCAAAUAACGAGAAAUGGAUACCUAAGCUUACUGUAUUAUACCUAUGACCAACCACCUGAACCCCACUUGCAGCUACUGCCGUCUAUUGCGAAACGGCGGAUGCAAAGUUGUAGACCUAAUAUUUUCAGUCGUAUAAUACCAUGCAGAUCAGCCUCAGGUCAUUGGCAGCCACAUCCCAUCUUCUUCAAAGCAGACCAUCCCUUCGUGUUCCCCAUACUGGACCAGCGGAUCAAAACUGUGCUCUUCGCUGGACGUCACUCCGAUCCUCGGACAACGUCUUUACGUGAACAGGAUUGCCUAUACUAAAUCUUAAAGCGCAUCGAGAGAUGUGCACCGCAUAAUACCGAUUUGAAGAAG